CCGGAACUUCAACCUGCAUGACCGCCUCAUCCUUAGGUAAGCUAUACAAUAGGCCUGCCAUCUCUUUGGCGAUAAGGUACCAGAGCGUGGCCUACCGUUCUUUGCGCCGAUAUGGCGGCUUGUCCGCAAAUUUCCCUUGCGGAGCUCCCAGAUAGUUCUAAGCCACACAUGGACUUCCUCGAUUCAACAUGGUUCAAGACUCAUGGCCAAACACGAGACUUCCCAAAACCUGAGCACUUACGAUCUCUCUGCAAGCCGCACCAGCUUCCAUAUCCGGUGAAAUUCGAGGACCUGGGCCUUGUCGUCAAAUUCGGGUUACAUGUAUCUACAACGGAGGCGGUCAAUCUAUGGGCCAUUCGCCGAGCCUUCCAAGAUAUGCUUCCAGUGCCUGAAGUGUAUGGGUGGAGAGUAAUCGAGCAGGACGGCAAGUCCGAGGUCUUCAUCUACAUGCAGCUUAUCCAGGGGCCCACGCUCCAACAACAGUGGUCUGAUAUGUCUGCAAUGGACAAACACACAAUCUGUGGCGAUCUCCGUGAUAAAAUGUCUUGUCUUCGCAGUCUCCGGGACAGCGAAGUACAGCAAGUUAUUGGACCUAUAUGUCAUGGGCCUGCGAUAGAUAUCAGCCUGGAGCAGUUCCCUCUGCUAAGGCCGUUUCCCUCUCGAGGUGUCCUCCACGACUGGCUUUCCUGGCUAUGGUGACGACAUGUUCCCGAUCCACAGAGCAUUGAAGAUCCAUGGAGAGACUUGCUCCCAGACAACGGACCCAUCGUUUUCACACAUGGUGAUCUGCGUCCAGCAAACAUUAUUGUCACUGCUACAAGUCCUGUCAAGAUUGUUGCAAUUCUUGACUGGGAGCAGGCAGGUUGGUAUCCAGACUACUGGGAGGACUGUAAAGCCAGGUUCACAGCAUCAUAUGAGGGAGAAUGGCGUGGCUGGAUCGGUCAGUUUCUGGAUCCACAUACUGAAGCUGUGGAGGCCGUCGAUUUCUACACGUGCACACUCGGUCGAUUUUAGAUUCUUCGGGGC